UCUCCGGCUCUAGGUCCUGCUUGGCCGUGCGUGCCCCAAGCGGCGUCGUGUGCUCCGCUAUCCUGUCGCGGCGUGCUGUGCUUAUCUUGUCCGCCCGCAGUCAUGCCUAUGAAAGGCCGGUUCCCCAUCCGGAGGACGCUGCAGUACCUGAACCAGGGGGACAUCGUCUUCAAGAACAAUGUGAAGGUGAUGACGGUCAACUACAACACGGGCGGGCCGCUCAGCGAGGGCGCCAGAAAAUUUGUGUUUUUCAACAUACCUCAGAUCCAGUACAAAAACCCCUGGGUGCAGAUUGUGAUGUUUAAGAACAUGACACCAUCACCCUUCUUAAGAUUCUAUUUAGAUAAUGGAGAGCAAAUUCUAGUUGAUGUGGAAUCGAAGACUAACAAAGAGAUAGCACAACAUGUUAAGACAAUUCUUGGUAAAAGCGAGGAAACGCUCCAGAUGGAAGCGCGAGCGCGGGAAACACUAAAGCAUCCUGCAACGUUUGGCCCCAAAAAGUACCACAUGCGGGAAUGUAUGUGUGAAAUCGAAGGCCAAAUUCCCUGCCCUGCCAAAGUGCCGUUGCCAAAGGAGAUGACCGGCAAGUAUAAAGCUGCCAUGAAAAACAGUACCACUUCUGAGUCCGCUCUCUAAAGAAACUGAUCAGCAAGAAUUAGAAGUGGGCCACCUGAUGGGAGACCAUUUCAGUGGCAACAGAAUACUUGAACUGCGUUCAACAAGGGAAAUCUUUUCACUCAAUUGACAGGCUUGUUCUUCUGGACUAUCAUAGGCUGUUUUGUAAAUAGUUUGUAUAUGCCAUUUGCUUUUAAAUAGAUUGAGAACAAAGCUUGGUUAAUCUCUGUUUAAUGAAUGAGGUUCUUCUUGUAAAACACAAACCUGCCCAGAUAGAAAAUCCUACCUGCACAGGGUGCACAUUGUCUUAAAAGCAUGAGCUCCCCUUUCGCUUAACCUCUUCUUGUGUGAAGGAAAUUCCAGUAGCUUAAGCCAAGAAUUUUUGAAUGUGCAGGCUGCAAAUUUGCAAGAACAGAGAGAGUUUGCACAGGGUGUUGAUGCAUUUUCACAAAGAUCAUUAUGCUUGAACAGCUAACAUUUAAAAGGAAACACAUUUUUGGUCCAUAGGACUUCAGAGAUGCUUGAAAGAUUAUGGCUAAUGUAAAAAUUCCAGAAAUAUCGAAACAGUCUCCAGUAAUUCAGCUUUCUACCUAUGUUGUUGCCCUUUUCCAUCAUCCAAACCAGCCUCAUAUGUCCAUGUGGCAAAACUCCAUUUUUCAUGGUGCAGAACUUGAAUGUGGAUUUCCGAGACUGGAAUACACAUAGUGCCAAACUAGUCUAAAAAUCUUGUAUUGAUGACAGUAGAUUGAACAACUUAUGAAGCAGUGAAGGAUGAUGGUCAAAGUCAUACGUUUCUGUUUGAAACAAUAGAGCCUUUUGGUAACUCAAA